AUCCGUUGUUUCCAGUGUAGACAAGUUUACGGUCAGUUCGGUUUGUGAGAGACGCGCGCGGACAACGCCGAUUCGUCGCUCUAAAGAAGUCUGGACGUAUUUACCCCCCCCACCCAACCACCCCUUUUUGUUUUGACUGGGGGUUACGGUUAAAGGGAGGGGUGCAGGACUUUCGGUCGUUUGCUGUGCAGGAUUCCCGGGGGGGUCCUGGUUGGCGGGGACACACGUUUUACUGUUACUGAGGGGACGAGGAGCGCGCGGUGCCGGGGUUUUGCCUUUCAAAUACUAACAAAAAAAACCCCAAGCAAACGGCAAGGUCUAGCCCGUAGGGCGCCGACCAUGAUGAUUUCCGUCACGGGAACCUGCCGGGCGUCUCUGUUGUGAAGUUGCGCGCGCCCGCCGUGUGGCGUGGUGCGGUGCGGAGCGGAGCGGAGCGGGUAGAAUCGAGAGCGCGCGGGGUUCCGGUCCAGACGGGAGGAGGGACGCGCCGCGAUGCCGGACCAGAUCACCGUGGCCGAGUUCGUGGCCGAGACCAACGAGGACUACAAGUCGCCCACCGCCUCCAACUUCACCACCCGCAUGUCUCACUGCAGGAACACGGUGACGGCGCUCGAGGAGGCCCUGGACGUGGACCGCAGCGUGCUCUAUAAGAUGAAGAAGUCCGUGAAGGCCAUCUACGCCUCCGGCUUGGCUCACGUGGAGAAUGAGGAGCAGUACACGCAGGCCCUGGAGAAGUUUGGGGAGAACUGCGUCUACCGGGAUGACCCUGAUCUGGGAUCGGCAUUUCUCAAGUUCUCGGUGUUCACCAAGGAGCUCACUGCCCUCUUCAAAAACUUGUUCCAGAACAUGAACAACAUCAUCACCUUCCCACUGGACAGUCUACUAAAAGGGGACCUGAAAGGUGUCAAAGGGGAUUUGAAAAAGCCUUUCGACAAAGCGUGGAAAGACUACGAGACAAAAGUCACGAAGAUCGAGAAGGAGAAGAAAGAGCACGCCAGGCAGCACGGGAUGAUCCGCACUGAGAUUAGUGGGGCGGAGAUCGCCGAGGAGAUGGAGAAGGAGCGACGCUUCUUCCAGCUCCAGAUGUGCGAGUAUCUUCUCAAAGUGAACGAGAUCAAAAUCAAGAAGGGGGUUGACUUGCUCCAAAAUCUCAUCAAAUAUUUUCAUGCGCAGUGCAACUUUUUUCAGGAUGGCCUGAAAGCAGUAGACAACCUGAAGCCGUCCAUAGAAAAACUGUCUACAGACUUGCACACGAUCAAGCAGGCCCAGGAUGAAGAGCGGAAACAGCUCACACAAUUACGUGACAUGUUGAAGUCAGCUUUGCAGGUAGAGCAGAAAGAGUCUAGGAGAGAUUCCCAGGUGAGGCAGAGUGCCACCUACAGCUUGCACCAGCCACAGGGCAACAAGGAACAUGGGACAGAGCGCUCUGGGAACCUGUACAAGAAGAGUGAUGGUCUGAGGAAGGUGUGGCAGAAGAGGAAGUGCUCAGUGAAGAACGGCUACCUGAACAUAUCGCAUGGCACGGCGAACAGGCCACCGGCGAAGCUCAACCUGCUCACCUGUCAGGUGAAACACAAUCCGGAGGAGAAGAAGAGCUUCGAUCUCAUUUCUCAUGACAGGACUUACCACUUUCAGGCUGAGGAUGAGCCGGAGUGCCAGAUAUGGAUCUCGGUGCUGCAGAACAGCAAGGAGGAAGCGCUGAAUAACGCGUUCAAGGGCGACCAGCACGUGGGCGAGAACAACAUUGUGCAGGAGCUGACCAAGGCCAUCCUGGCCGAGGUCAAGAGGAUGUCCGGCAACGAUACGUGCUGCGACUGCGGAGCGCCCGGUCCCACCUGGCUCUCCACCAAUCUGGGUAUCCUCACUUGCAUAGAAUGUUCCGGAAUACAUCGGGAGCUGGGAGUCCAUUACUCUCGGAUACAGUCCCUUACGCUGGAUGUCCUCGGGACCUCGGAACUCUUGCUGGCCAAGAACGUGGGAAACGCAGCCUUCAAUGAGAUCAUGGAGGCGUGUCUCCCUGCAGAAGACGGGGUCAAACCCAAUCCCACCAGCUGCAUGCAGUCGCGGAAGGACUUCAUCACAGCCAAGUACACGGAGCGACGCUUCGCGCGGAAGAAGCAUCUGGAUGCUCCAUCCAGGCUGCACGCUCUGUGUGAUGCGGUGAAAGCCCGUGACAUCUUCUCCCUCAUCCAGGUGUACGCCGAGGGCGUGGACCUGAUGGAGCCCAUCCCGCUCGCCAACGGCCACGAACACGGGGAGACGGCGCUACACCUAGCGGUCCGACUGGUGGACCGGACGUCCCUCCACAUCGUGGACUUCCUCACCCAAAACAGCGCGAACCUAGACAAGCAGACGGCCAAGGGCAGCACGGCCCUGCACUACUGCUGCCUGACGGACAACAGCGAGUGCCUGAAGCUGCUGCUCAGAGGGAAGGCCACCAUCGAGAUCCGUAAGCGGCCGCCCGGGGCCAACGAGGCCGGGGAGACGCCGCUGGACAUCGCCAAGCGCCUCAAGCACGUGCAGUGCGAAGAGCUGCUCAGUCAAGCCCUGGCGGGGAAAUUCAACGCCCACGUCCACGUGGAGUACGAGUGGCGUCUGCACCACGAAGACCUGGACGAGAGCGAUGAGGACCUCGAGGAAAAGCCCAGUCCUCUGCGGCGAGAAGAGCGGCCGGUCAGCUGCUACACGCCCCAGAGCAUCUCUGCGCAGAGCGGUUCGGCCUCGAGUGGCCGGGACGCGGCCGGCCCGUCCAAAGACAAGCAGAGGAUUUUCGGCCCCAGCCUGGUGAACAACGAAACCUACGGAACCAUCCUGAACAGCGGUCUGCCGUCGGCCGGCCCUCCGGGGGGAUCCGCGGCCGCCUGCGCCCCCCCGCUUCCGCCUCGCAACCUGACCAAAGCGCUUCCCUCGGGACUCGGCAUAGGAGCGCAGGCCGGGAGUCCCAGCCUCUGGAAGCCUGGCUCCAUCGAUACGGGCAGCCGGCAGAGGUCUUCCUCCGACCCUCCCAACAUGCACCCUCCGGUGCCCCCCAUGCGAGUCACCUCCACGUCGGUUCUAGCGACGGUUACCCCUCCUCCACCGGUUGCGAAGACCGUGAGUGUCAUGGAGGCCAUGAACAUGCAGUCCAAACCGGGACCGGUUCCUGCUGCGACCGCAGCGAAACCCUUCAGUGCCCCAGUCAUGGGCCAGGCUGUCGCCAGAGCCACGGCACCGAAGUCUCCCGCCAGCACCGAUAAAAGCUUCAAAGGACCUCCGACGCAGUCUGGCUCUCUCGAGAGAAAAGCUAAAGAGGUCCCUGGAUGCCCUCAGAACUCCCUAGGGCAGUCUGCGUCCCCUGCCCCCAUGCCCAGGAAGACCUACCCCAAACAGCGGCCAAAGAGGGUGAAGGCCAUCUACAACUGCGUGGCGGACAACCCGGACGAACUGACCUUCUCCGAGGGCGAGGUGAUCGUGGUGGACGGAGAGGAGGACCAGGAGUGGUGGCUAGGCCACAUUGAGGGCGAGCCGAUGAGGAGGGGCGCGUUCCCCGUCACCUUCGUACACUUCAUCAUGGACUGAGGGACGCCGCGCUCGGCCAGGGAGGACAGCCGGGGUCCCAGGAGCUGCUCGAGGCUGACGUGGUUUUCCCCAGCAAACACUACCCACACUGCUCCCGUGUGUGUGUUGUGACUGAGCUCCUGGGUGACUGCAGCAUCACCCCCCCCCCCCC